AUGGGGUAUGAUCUAAAGAAUCUUCUAGUUCAUAUAACAGUGUUGACAUGUAUCGUUUUUUUUUUACUAGGCCGAGGAUUUGCCAGUGGAACAAUUAAUCUAGGGGAGCUAGAAGUUGCAGAAAUAACCAGGUUUGAGUUUGUUUGGGGGUCUCAUCUCUCACAUGACAAGCGAAAAGGUGUUUCGUUCUAUAAGCCUUUAGGCUUACCUGAAGGAUUUUACAGCCUUGGUCAUUACUGCCAACCAAACGGCAAGCCUUUGAAUGGCUAUGUUCUUGUGGCUAAGGAUUCCGAGUCACAUAAUCGUAGCAGUGACUCUGAUUCCAUCUAUUCACCAGCUCUUAUGAUGCCCCUUGACUAUAGUUUAGUUUGGGUUUCGGAUGAUGGCUUGGGUAUUCGUGAUCAACCUGGUCACUUUUGGCUUCCCAUACCUCCUUACGGUUAUAGAGUCCUAGGCUUUGUUGUGUCAACUCUGCUGGGAAAACCUGAUUUGGAUGAAGUAAGGUGUGUCAGAGAGGACCUUGUUGAUGAUUCUGAGACUUGUGGUUUAAUGCUGGACAUAUUUUCUAAAUUCAGAAAGAUCUCUCUCAAAGUUUUCGAGACUAGGCCUUGUAAUCGAGGCAUGCUAGGGAAAGGUGUCUCAGUAGGAACGUUCUUCUGCAGUAGUACCCUGCGGACUGCAGGAGAAGAAAUGCCGGUUGUUUGUUUAAAGAACAAGAACACAAAAUGGCAGCAUGGAAUGCCAAAUAUUGAUCAAAUUCAUACUCUAAUUCAUCACUAUGGUCCAACCAUUUUCUUUCAUCCUAAAGAGGUCUACUUUCCAUCUUCUGUCUCGUGGUUCUUUGUCAAUGGAGCCUUAUUGUUCAAAGCAGGGCAGUCCACCGGCGAACCCAUCAGUGCUGAUGGCUCUAAUCUGCCUUGUGGUGGAACAAAUGAUGGAAAGUUCUGGAUAGAUAUUCCUUAUGAUGAUCGUAGAAAAGUUCUCAAGCAUGGAGACCUUGAAAGUGCCGAACUUUAUGCUCAUGUGAAGCCGGCUUUAGGAGGUACUUUCACUGACAUAGCAAUGUGGGUGUUUUCGCCUUUCAAUGGACCAGCCACCCUAAAGGUUGGACCAACUAACGUUCCCUUAAAAAAGACAGGCGAACAUAUUGGUGAUUGGGAACAUUUUACUCUUAGGAUAAGCAACUUCACUGGUGAACUUCAUAGAGUGUACUUCUCCCAGCACAGUGGUGGUCAGUGGAUAAGUGCUUGUGAUUUGGAAUUCAUAGAGGGGAACCGAGUUAUUCUAUACUCAUCGAGGAGCGGUCAUGCUAGCUUCCCUCAUCCAGGGACUUAUCUCCAAGGCUCCUCAAGUCUUGGUAUAGGUAUAAGAAAUGAUUGUAGUAAAAGCAACUUUUCUCUGGAUUCUAGUACUCAAUAUCAGAUUGUUGCAGCUGAAUAUCUAGGAAAUGAUGUUACUGAGCCUUGUUGGCUGCAGUUUAUGAGAGAAUGGGGACCAAAGAUUGUGUAUGAUUCGACGAAAGAGUUUGACAAGAUAAUCAAACGACUUCCACGAGUGCUACGAGGUUCAGUCACUAACUUAGUUGGCAAGUUGCCCGCGGAACUCUCCAAAGAAGAAGGACCAACAGGUCCUAAGGAGAAGGACAACUGGUUAGGGGAUGAAAGAUGGUAAAA